CCUGCGCGCCGCGGAGCUUUUUCCCCCGCCCAACUCGCGCCGCCAGGGCUGCUGAGCUGACGGCGGCUGCCGGAGCCUCAGAAUUACUCAUUUAUUCUUGAGACUCUUCUGCUCUCAUCUGUCCUCAUGGAUGAACUUCAGGAUGUUCAACUCACAGAGAUCAAACCACUUCUAAAUGAUAAGAAUGGUACACGAAACUUCCAGGACUUUGACUGUCAGGAACAUGAUAUAGAAACAACUCAUGGUGUGGUCCACGUCACUGUAAGAGGCCUACCGAAGGGAAACAGACCAGUUAUUAUGACAUACCAUGACAUUGGCCUCAAUCAUAAAUCCUGUUUCAAUGCGUUCUUUAACUUUGAGGAUAUGCAAGAAAUCACCCAGCACUUUGCUGUCUGUCAUGUGGAUGCCCCAGGCCAGCAGGAAGGUGCACCCUCUUUCCCAUCUGGGUACCAGUACCCCACAAUGGAUGAGCUGGCCGAAAUGCUGCCUUCUGUUCUCACCCAUUUAAAUCUGAAAAGCAUCAUUGGGGUUGGAGUUGGAGCUGGAGCUUACAUCCUCAGCAGAUUUGCUCUCAAUCACCCAGAGCUUGUGGAAGGUCUCGUGCUCAUUAACGUCGACCCUUGUGCUAAAGGCUGGAUUGACUGGGCAGCUUCCAAACUCUCAGGACUGACAACCAAUGUUGUGGACAUUAUUUUGGCUCAUCACUUUGGGCAGGAAGAGUUGCAAGCCAACCUGGACCUGAUUCAAACCUACAGACUACAUAUUGCCCAAGAUAUCAACCAAGAAAACCUACAGCUCUUCCUGAGUUCUUAUAACGGACGCAAAGACCUGGAGAUUGAAAGACCCAUCCUGGGACAAAAUGAUAACAAAUCAAAGACAUUAAAGUGUUCUACUUUAUUGGUGGUAGGUGACAAUUCACCUGCAGUUGAGGCUGUGGUUGAAUGCAAUUCUCGCCUGAAUCCUGUAAAUACAACAUUGCUAAAGAUGGCAGACUGUGGUGGACUACCCCAAGUAGUUCAGCCUGGGAAGCUCACCGAGGCCUUCAAGUACUUUUUGCAGGGAAUGGGCUACAUCCCGUAUGUGCAGCUCAGUCACCUGAGCACCGAGUCAGUCCCAUCUGCCAGCAUGACCCGGCUCGCCCGAUCACGAACCCACUCAACCUCGAGUAGCAUCGGCUCUGGAGAAAGUGCCUUCAGCCGAUCUGUCACCAGCAAUCAGUCAGAUGGAACUCAAGAAUCUUCUGAGUCCCCUGAUGUUCUGGACAGACACCAGACCAUGGAGGUGUCCUGCUAAGCAGAUGCUCCUCCCCUGGACCAUGCAAGUCCAUCCUCCUUCAAACGACCACUCCAUAAUAUAACACUUCCUCCAGCAAACUGGCAUCUAUCUUUAACUCCUGCAUGGCCACUGACUCUCUCUCUCUCUCUCUCUCUCUCGUAUCCUGGAUUUAUCAUCCUCUCUGCCUGCCCACCCACCUUUUUGUAUGUACCAAGAACCACUUCCAUGUCAUUACUAAAACAUUCCAUGUCUUUAGCUGCUCAGAUCUCCAUAUCUUCUCUGGCCAGCUUCUCCCUGUGCUUUCUCAACUAUGUAUCUAAGAUUCUUUGAUCCUGAUGUAUGUGUGUGAGCACGCGUGUUUGUGUUUGUGUGUGCAUAGUUCUGUGAUUUUAGACAUGCUUUCUUGUAGAGCUUCUGCAAAAAAAAAAAAAAGAAAAAGGGAGGGUGACUGUUAUUUUUUGCAUUUUCAGUGCUGUUUUUAGGGGAAAUAAGUAGAACAGAUUUCUAGGUUGGGUAGGCCACUCCAUUCUCUUUUCAAUUCCAAAUUGGUCAACAGAAUUCGCAAAGUGACUUCAGGAGAAAGCAGCUCUGAGGAAUGUGGAAGAUCAUAAUUGCUGUUGUGACUGUUGACUGAUUAUGACCCUCAGAAGGGAGCCUGUUACCUAGAGAAGCAGGCUGGAUGUCCAGCCACCUCCUCCUGUCCACACGAAUUCACAUACGCUGUUCUACAAAUAAAAGGGAGGAAGAUGUUCUUCUAGAAGCCUGUGGACGAUGAGGUUCUGAGGCACUGUGGAGUUUUUCCCGAGGAGUGAGUGUGACUUAAUUAUUAGACUGUCUUAGCACAGAAAGGUGGAAAAAGAAAUUCCAGGCCUCUGUUCUAUCAGAGCAAAACGGAUGUCUCUGCAGUGUUUGAUACCACAUACCCCACGUCUGCGGGAAGCAUCUCCCAGGAGAAGCUCUCGUCAAUCACCCAAAAAGGGAGAGGUGUGGCCUGGAAAUUACGUAUGAUAAGAAAAUGACUGGAGAGUGAGGAAGACAUUAACACAAUAUGAUACAAAUAAGUGUAGCCUUGAUUUCAGCAGACUUAAUGGAAGCUACAUGAAAUUCAGAAAGAACCCAUUUCUCAGAAAGUUAAUCCUGCGAACUCCCUUUUGGGAGGGGAAAAGGGCCAUCUGUAAGGGCAGCCUGUCCAGGUGAAAUUGUGUUUAGUCACUGCUAUUUGAGGGGGGGGUCACAGCCACCCAGAGAGUGUCACCAGGAGAAGGGUAAAAGCAACUGCCACACAGCAAGGUCCCAGCUUUGAGGGCAUCAAGAUGUCAGCUCAGGGUUACAUAGUUUGAUCAUAAGAAGAGGCUUUUCAGACGUAGCCUUUGCUUUCUGCUGAGAUAGGGAAUGCGUCCCUCUGCCGGAGUACGACUUUUUACGAUGAUGAAAUAAAGCUGUAUAUGUCUCAUUGUUA